UUUUUCCCUCCCUGACAGCUCAAAAUAAAGUGAUUUUCACAACUUUCCUCCUCGGGCAAAAGCUCGCAAGAAAAUCUAUACCCCUUGCUUUCCUGGCCCCUCCUCAUGUCCCCCACUCUCCUUCUCCCCUCACACACUGUCAUGCCAUCUACUCAUUAAAACCCCAUAAACAGAAAGGGAAGAAAAAAGCAACAACUUCACCUCUCGAAAGGGUCAGUCCAUUUUUCCUUCAUUGCUCAACCAGAGUGUUACAGUUUCUUGAAUUUCUUGAUUUCUGGUAUGGUGAGAAAAUGAGUUGUAGUACUGCUAGUAAUAGUGCAAAUGCUGCCACGGUUACCAAAUUCAUUAAAUGUGUGACAGUUGGGGAUGGUGCUGUUGGGAAGACAUGCCUUCUCAUCUCCUACACCAGCAACACCUUUCCAUCUGAUUAUGUUCCGACUGUUUUUGAUAACUUUAGUGCCAAUGUCUCUGUUGAUGGGCAAACUGUGAAUCUGGGCUUGUGGGAUACUGCUGGUCAAGAAGACUACAACAGACUUAGGCCACUUAGUUACAGAGGAGCCGAUGUUUUCCUCCUUGCAUUCUCUCUCAUAAGUAGGCCAAGCUUUGAGAACAUAUCGAAGAAAUGGGUCCCGGAGCUACGGCAUUAUGCUCCCUCAGUGCCCAUUGUUCUUGUGGGGACAAAACUAGAUCUAAGAGAGGAUAAGCAGUUCAAAAAGGAUUAUCCAGGGGCAUGCACUAUUUCCACCGAACAGGGUGAAGAGCUGAAGAAGCAAAUAGGAGCAGUGGCCUAUGUUGAGUGCAGCGCCAAGACGCAGCAGAACGUUAAGGCCGUGUUUGACGCGGCGAUAAAGGUGGUCCUCCGGCCUCCGAAGCUGAAGAAGCAGAAAACAAGAUACAAAUCAUGCCGCCUUCUUUAAUCAGAUAAAUCAGUGAAGUGUUGCUGCUUAAUUUAAGCUGGAAGUAGUUACUUACUGCCUUGCUUCAGUAUAGUUCAAGAAUGUGAUGCUGUCUAAUAUUUUCUUCUUAUUGGUUUCUCUGGAGCUUCUGCUUAUUCCUCCUUUUGUUAUUUUUCUUCAGGUUUUCUUUGGUUACAUAUGCUAGUUUUCUCAUCUAUUUAUGUGGUGGUUUAUAUUAA